ACUCACGCGCAUCUCGGAGGCAUACGUACACAGCUCUUCUCCUGCGUUACAUUGCAACAUUUUUACAGUGACCAUUGAGACCUCGUGACAGCAACAACUCAUUCGCGUGCAUCUGCUGUGUCACAGGAAAAAAACCAAAAACAAAAUCAUGUCGACAGUCUUCUCUUUCCAGACACAGCUCGUCUCCAUCAUGGAUGCGUUAUCCAAAACAGCUGUAAUGGAAAUAAGCAAACUGGUGGAGAUUGAGUCGAAGAUGCUGAAGAUAGAGAUAACUCGCGGGCGAAACGAAAUCGCCUCGCUUACAGAGAAACUGCAGCUGAUGGAGAAAUUGCUUUAUAUCGCACAGGGGGGUAGGCAGGAUGCGACAGAAGCGUGCUUAGUUACAAGGUACGGUUUGGAAAACGGAGUAUUGGAGCAUGAAACGACAAGACCUUCAGUUAAAAGUGAAAGCCUGUGGGAAAGUUUCUCUACUGAGACAGGCAGUUUGCAUCAAGGUGAAACAGAACUUCCAAACCCACCCAAAGAGCAGCCAGAACUGAUAGUGGUGAAAGAAGAGCCAUCUGAGGUGGACAGUGGAAACACUGAACAAGACGGGACCCGAAGAGAAACAGUCACAGACACCCAGAAGAGUCCAAAUGUGAUGCAGCAUCCCAAACCCAUAACAGACCACCAGCAGCCUCUGUUUACUGAUAGCUUUGUGACUCUGAGCUCCCACUCAUCUCUCAGUGAAACGACGAGGAGGGAAACACACUGGAAUCCACAGCUUACACCUGCAGACACAACCCUAGAAGUUGGGAAAAGCUUGGCUCAAAAUAUAACCUCCCAAAGCUUAAGUGUGCUCAGGAAUAUGAAGCUUCACAACUUGAGGAACUCAGUUGCUAAGAGGUUUGGCUGCUUGCAGUGUGGCAAGAGCUUCAGAUGCUUUAGUCAGCUUGAAAUACACCAGAGAAGCCAUACUGGGGAGAAGCCGUUCAGAUGCACGCUGUGUGGAAAGCGAUAUGCACAAAAAGGACACCUGUACACACACCAGCGCACGCACACAGGGGAGAAGCCGUAUCGUUGUCCUGUUUGUGGAAAGGGUUUUAUUCAGAAAUGCACGCUCGAUAUGCAUCAGCGCACACACACUGGAGAAAAACCCUUUGUUUGUAUCAAAUGUGGCAAGGGCUUUACAAAGAACUGUAAUCUCAAAAAACAUCUUGCAGUACAUCUAGAUCCUACUUUAAACGUAUAUGGAAGUGAAUCCAGUGCACCAACAUUUAGUGGAACAUUUGUAAAUGGAACCACUUAAAACACAAACCACCACCAUAUGUAACUUCUCUUUUUCCUGAAAAAUAAAGUUAAC